AUGGUUCGCUUAACGAAGCAAUUAGCCGAAAAAUUUUACCAAGAACACAGUACUAAGCCAUUUUUUGGAGGAAUGAUAGAUUUUAUGUGUAGUUCGCCGGUAGUAGUAAUUUGUCUCGAAGGAGAAAAUGCGAUAAAACUAAAUCGAGAAAUUAUGGGUGCAACCGACCCCAAGCAAGCUGAAGAAGGAACUAUUAGAGGAAUUUAUGGCGAUAAUAUUGAUAAUAAUGUAGUUCACGGUUCUGACAGUCCCCAAGCAGCCACAAGAGAAAUUGAUCUAUUUUUUAAAAAGGAGGAGGUUCUUUCUUAA